UAACGAACCUCUGGUCGGCGCUAUACGUGAAGAGAAUUAUAGACGAGAACCGAAAAAGUCGUUGUUAUUAAUUGGCGUUGGACGAAACGUUUGGUAAACCUUCAACGUAAGAUGUUCUAGGAAAUUAUAUUUUUAUAAAGGCCAAGAUAUUGGACGGGUUUUGUGUCCGGUGGCGGGGAUUUGGUACAGCGUUCCUUGGCCCUGGGGUUGUGCUACCUUAAUAUAAUUAGUUUCUUACGUAACGACAUGUUACGUACAGUCAUGUUUCCAUGCUUGAAUUAGCAAAGUGGACUGCCGAGGCAAGUGGUAUAGCAAUACAUCUUGUAUCAUACAAUAGGAAGGUUCUAGUCGCUUGGUUGGUCAUCAUUUGCUGUUAAGCAAUUUUCAACUUCAUACGAUAAUAUUAAGAAGAUGAGGUGCUAUGCAGUGUUUGUGCUGAGUGUUUUAGUCGCCAGUGUAUGUAUUGGCGACUCAAAAUCUGCAAGAAUACUGGGUCUCUUCAACUUCAAUGGCAGAAGUCACUUCGUCAUGUUCGAAGCUUUACUCAAAGGUCUUGCUGCCCGAGGUCAUCAGGUACACGUCGUUGGACACUUUCCACAAAAGAACCCGGUUCCAAACUACACCGAUAUCAGCGUGGAAGGCUCAAUACCUGCAGUAUUUAACAAUUUCACGGUUCCUGGUGCUGUGGAAUUUGGAAAAUAUGAUAAUGUAUUGAGGUUCGUCUUUCAGACAUCUGUAGAUAUGUGUGAGAUUCUGAUGGAACAUCCCAAACUACAAGAAUUACUUCACAGUAAUGAGACAUAUGAUCUUAUAAUAACAGAAUUGUUUGCUGUAGAUUGUUUGAUUGGUUUCUCACAUCGUUUCAAAGCCCCGUUCAUAAGUAUGACCUCCAGUGUAAUGCUGCCGUGGGGAAAUGAUCGUGUUGGAAACUCAGAUCAUCCAGCGUACACGUCUAAUUUUUUCCUACCAUAUACGCACCACAUGACGAUUGGUCAGAGAAUUAUAAAUACGGUUUUUACGGAAAUUUUAAAACUGGGGCAUUACAUGUUUGCUGAAUUACCAUGGGAUAAAUUGUCCAAAAAAUAUUAUGGUCAAGAUAUACCUCCAUUAUCAGAAUUGAAGAAAAGAACAAGUCUUAUUCUGGUCAACAGUCAUUUCAGUCUGACUAACCCAAGACCUACAGUUCCAGGAGUCGUUGAAGUUGGAGGACUCCAUAUACAGCAUGGUGGGAAGUUACCAGAGGAUCUGAAGAAUUUUUUGGACAAAGCCACAGAAGGAGUUAUAUACUUUAGCCUCGGAUCCUUGAUUAUGGGAGAAACACUGCCUGAGGACAAGUUCGAAAUCUUCACUGCCGUGUUCUCACAACUUCCUCAGAGGUCGUGUGGAAGACAGACAGAAAUGUCAGUCUGCCGAACGUCAGAACCGCUUGGUGGUUACCACAAUUCGAAAUAUUAAGUCACCCAAAUGUCCGCGUUUUCAUAACCCACGGGGGACUCAUGGGGACACAGGAAGCUGUCCACGCAGGGGUUCCCAUGAUCGCAAUUCCCUUCUUUGCUGACCAGGAGCUUAAUAUCAACAAUUGCAUACUCAGGGG